AUGGGUGACGGUAAUAUGCAAUCAAGGUAUGUGAGAUUGACAAAAGAUCAGGCGCCAUUGGAGGAUAUCACCCCUGGAGAGCUGAAUCAGCCUAUUCAAGUGCCUCAGUUGAUUGUUCAUAGAUGUGAGGAGUGUGGGCAGCCGCUACCGGAAAGCUAUCAGCCACCAGCCGAUGAAGAUUGGACCACUGGCAUUUGUGGUUGUCUUCAAGAUACCCAGAGUUGCUGGAGAGGGAUGUUGUGCCCAUGUGUGUUGUUUGGGGAAAAUGUAGAGACACUGAAAGAAGAGAUACCGUGGCAAAAUGCAUGUGUUUGCCAUGCAAUGUGUGUGGAAGGAGGAAUGGCAGUGGCGGCGGCAACGGCACUUAUACAUGGCAUUGAUCCCCAAACUUCUUUUUUGAUAUCUGAAAGCCUCUUGUUUGCUUGGUGGAUGUGUGGUAUCUAUACUGGUUUGUUUCGCCAGUCCUUGCAGAAGAAAUAUCAUCUUAAGAACUCUCCAUGCGAUCCAUGUCUGGUGCAUUGCUGCAUGCAUUGGUGUGCGCUAUGUCAAGAGCAUAGAGAAAUGAGGAACCAUCUUUCUGAUCACGUUGCCAUGCAAAUGACAGUCAUCAGCCCUCCUGCCCUUCAGGCGAUGAACAUCCACCAUAAUGAAUCUGCACCGUCCACUUCAUCUCUGCCAUCUCAAGAACUAGCAAUCACGACGAUUUAGAACUCACUAACUCCUUCAUGGGCCCUGGAGAGUUAGGAAUUUUUUAUAAGGAAUGACAAUAUUUUAGGAAUUUUUGUUUUUAGUUCA